GUUGACGGAUGUGGUGAGGGGAAGACAUGAGGACAGUGGGUGCUAGAGAAGAAGACGCACGAGGUAGGCUUAGAUGGAAAAAGAUGACACACUGUGGCGACCCCUAACGGGACAAGCCGAAAGGAAAACAAUGUUCUCUCAACAUCAUGACUUUUUGCAAAAUUCCGACUUUAUUCUUGCAUUUUUACUGCAUGUCUGUCUGACUUGUUCAAUUCUGACUUUAUUGGUGGUUUAUUGCAAGGUUGAAUUUUCCCAAUUUUUGUUUUCAUCCCGGGCGAGACGCCCGUCCGUGCAAGACGAGACCAAGCAGUGACGCCGAUAUCGGCCGCCUCGCGUGAAGCGGUGCGUCGAAAGCGAAAGUUGACAGGAGCAGUUUUCUCACGGAGAGAAGAGCGUGCGGACGUGCGAGGGCUGCGUGACGUCGGCGUGAGACACGAUGCGUGUGCGCCAUGAGCUGCCAGGCUCUUCGGGAUAACAUGGGCGGGGGCUUCAACAUGGAGUCCAAAGCAGCCGCCUGCUUCCCGACGUUUUCGGACCAAGAACUGUACCGCAGCGUCCAGGCUGUGCUGCCCAGAGAAACGGACAUCCGCCAGUCUCCGGACUGUCUUAACAAAGGAAUGUUAAGAUGGACGCUACACAAGAAAGUUCAGAACAGUCCCGCCAACAGCUUGACCCUGCUGCGGGUUCUGAUAAAAGAGCUGGAGAAGGCGGUGAGGUGGGACAGUGUUGAAUACAUCAUUCCUUUGCUCCACACGCUCAUGUAUGCCAUCAUUCAGACAGCCUGCAUCCCAGACGAGCUGUACAAGCGCGUUUAUGACUUCUGUAAGCGACUGCUGACCUACCCUCAGCCCUACUGCACCGUUGGGCUCAACUAUACCGGGAGGAUAAAAACCCAGCGCUUCAUUCCAGGUCUACUCUAUCAGAGGACGGUGGUAUCGGAGCAGAGACUAAAGAAUGAGCAUUACCCCUUUCAGGAGAGGGUUUUUGUUCUGGCUGAUCCGGAGGUCUUUUCCGCCUCCCUGGCACAAGUCGUGUUGGCCGACAUCGAGGCGGCAUCCGCUUCGAGUCCGCUCGAUCACAUGCGCAGCGUGGUCCAGCACUCCAUCCGGGCCGCUUUAGGGGAACAGUGCCACGGCCCCAAACUCGCAGAGAUCUUAAAAGAUAUAGAUGUCGAGCAUCAUUUUCAGGAUGUGAUCGCGACUGCAGAGCGCUGUGCGGAAGAAGGUCGCGGCCGGGCCGGGGGCGCGCAAAGGAGCCGUCUUCAGCAGCUGCACGCAGACGUGGUCACGGACGUGAACUCGGAGGCCGCUUCCUCCGGACCGCUUUCCGACUGCCCCCUCCCCAACCCCGAGAUGAGCUUCCACCUAUGGACGGAGGAUCUGGAUAUCUGGAGGGAGGUGGCCAAGUGGCUGCGAUCCAGUUCUUCGUCGGAGCAUUUCUCCCUCGGCCCGGAGCACGAGGACCCCGAUCUGGGCGACUCCCUCGGCGACCUUUUGCCGCCCGACAAGACCCGCUUUUCCGUCUUGUCGAACGACAGCGGCAUCGAAAGAGAUCUGCCCCACGGCGGUGACGCUUCGCUGGACUCGGGCCGGGUGAGUGCAUCGUGGGAACCUUGCAAGAGCGAGCAAGAGUCAGUCAGGUUGUCCCGGCGUGGCGGCAUGAAGGUGAAACCGUCCGUGAAGGACAGCGUGGCGCUGAUGCAGGACACGUCGGAGGGUCACGCAGGGGGGCUUGGCAGCAGGGGAGGAGGACGAGAGGUCAUACUGCAGAGGCGAGCGGGGAGCAAUGCCAGCCAGACGCCCUUCCCCAAACAGGACAGGCUUUUUACCGCCAGGAUUGUCGUCAUGGGGGGUGACGGCGUGGUGGGCCGCCUGGCUAAGGCCUACUACUGCCUGAGGAAAAGGGAAGCCCGCAGAAUUUGUCUUGCCAUGAAAGUCGGCCUGCAAUUUUACUACAUCCCUGUUUGCGCAGCGGCAACCGCCACCUCCUCUGACAAGGAGAACCAUCAGUCCAAACAGAGUUCAUGCACGCUAGGGUCAUAUUUGAGCACGGUGGACGCGUGGUACAACUGCAACAUCAGCAGUUUGGGCUGCAUGAUCCCAAAACUAGCUAAAAUGCACCAAACAAAUCCAUCAAGGCCAAAAGAGCCAUUUGUGUCCGACGUUAUUUCCUACUACGUGCGGAUGGGCCAGCAGCCGGUGUACUUCAACAUCUACUUUGUCAAGAUGACCUUUUCCAGCGCCACCAAAGACCCAGUGGAGGAUGUCUUCCUGACACAUUUAGAAGUGGACGUUCCUGACCUCAGACAUUCUUCAGGGCCAAUGAAAGAGAAGCAGAAGAAGUGUGGAGUGGACGUAUGUGACGCUCUCGUCUGCAUCAGUUAUAAAAAAGUGACACUGAGUGGGCGUGACAGCGACAGAGGCCUCCCCAUGAGGACAACAGGAGGCCACGUCAGUGCCAUUCCCUCGAGUGCAAAAGAAGACCUCAACUGUUUGACGCUCACCUUGAAGGAGUGGCAAGCAAAAGCUAAAAACAACAACGUGGAGUUUCAAAUCAGGAGCAACAACAUCAAGAUGUGCUCACUGGAGAGCUGGUCACCGCUCAGAAUUACAUUAGACAGGGAUUGUCGAAGGAUCUACAAUGACGUUAAGAGCAUCGAAAUCCUUCCCUGCCUCGAUCCUGGAUACUGCGUGCAAAAAAGUAUGAGGUCCAAACUGAACCUGGGCGGGGACGAGGACGGCGGACUGAGCAAGUACAUGAGCAAAGGACUUUUUCUGCCCGUCAACACGUUUUCCGGCGCCAUCGACUGACGUCUGCGUAAAGGCGCGCGGGCGACCUGUGGAUGGAAAAGCCUGGCAAUGAAAUCAUCUGAACAAAUCCAGUCCUAUUUAUCGUUUCUUCCCAUUGUGCAGACAUCGAUCGGACACGCGCUCGCCGGCCUCUUGAUUAGGUACACCUGCGCGAUCUCGUCGACUUGUGGAAAUGUACCAAUGGUGUCAUUGUAUUUGCACUACAUAAUGAAGUGUGCCGGACCACGUACAGAACUGACCCAACUGCUUUGUCUUGAACUGACAAGUGUCUUCAAAGCCAGUGAACUUCCAAAGCGGAACACAAUUUCUUCCAUGAGUCAGUUGACGUCCUCGUUGUUCCCCUUUAAGGAAAUGAUGCAACAUGAAAUCAUUGAUUGGAGUCUAAGAAGAACGGGACAGGCCAGACUUUAAGACACAUUUUUAACCAUAGAGCUGGUGCACCUACGUCAUAAAACCACGUGACUUUUGUUUACCUCGCCGUAUUGCCGGUCUAGCAAGCCAUUGUUUAAUGCUAAGUCAGUUGGAGACGAGACGAAAAUAUGUCUUGUAGAUACCGUUAGACAUUUAUAAGGUGAAAAUAAACGACGGUACGUAGAAAAAUGAGAGACACUUGGCAUAGCGGACCCGUAUUUAAUGCCGGAGUCGAUGUUUUUGCCGAUAAGAAAUUGGACUGUUCAUUCGCUUCCGCUUGUCUUGGACAACUGGAUCUACACACAGAUCUGGUGAGUAAGUCGUCGAAAAUUACUCGGAAAAGUUUGAAAGCGUAGAAAAGUCUGGACUUUGUUGCUGGAACUGUUUUUUUCAGGAAUAAAUCCCAAACAGUGACGGUUUUUGACAGCUCGUAAACGCGGAAGCGUGUUCGUCUACAUGUUCACCUUUGCCGGAAUCCAUCGAUCUUUUCCGAUAGUAUUCAAUACAAAUACCAAUAUUUAAAUAAAUGAGCCCUGGUUUUACACAAACUCGCAUUCAUUAACUGUGAUUGAAAAAAAAAAAAGAGGAU